AUGGCUAAAAAGGAAACUUUCCGCGAACGACAGGAAAACGAAUUGGAAGUAAUUAAGUCAAUUUUUCACGAUGAAGUGGAAGAUUUACGUCCUAAAGGCGGGAAAUGGAAGCCACUGGAGUUGAGGUUGCACCUCACACCGCAGAAAGGAUCUGCCAAGGAGGCGUACGUGAAGACAGACUUGCACGUAUGCUGCUCACCGAAAUAUCCAAAGUGUCCACCUAACAUAGAGCUGAACAAUGCCAUUGGACUUUCGGAUAGUUUGGUGCGUGAGCUAACCGAACAGCUGCAGCGGCUGGCAGAUGAGUUAAAAGGUGAGGUAAUGAUUUUCGAGCUGGCCAACAAUGUGCAAGCAUUCUUGCAUCAGCAUAAUCAUCCACCGAAGGGCAGCUUCUAUGAUGAGAUGUUGGCGAACCAACAGAAGCAAGCACUCGCUCGCCAGAACACGUUGCAAGCUGAGGAGAACCUGAAGCGCCAAGCGAUACAAGAUCAGCUACAGCGACGCAAAAAAGAGCUGGAACGCACAAGGCGCGAGUCUCGGCACAGCUUGAAUGAAACCAGUCCCAUGCACCGGCUACACUCCACUUCGUCCACGGAGAAUAGCGAAGGUGGGUUCUGUCUCGACCAUCGCCGCAGCGAGCUACUUUGCUUUCGCGAUGGAAGGAAAGUAUUACGCGGUAGCUGCUUGGGCCAUUCGCAGCGUGGUUGCAUCACGUAUUCGGGAAUUGAUCAACAAACGGGCGAACUAGUCUAUCUCACCGAAUGGACGCUUCACUUCGAUGACGAUUGUUCGAGCGAAAACAAAACGAUUCGAGGCCGCCCCGUAGAAUUGGUGGUGAGCGAUAUGGAGCGGAUGCUGGAAGGGUUAACUACCCUUAAACACAAACACCUGAUCGCGUACGAAGGAGUGCUUUGUCGCGUGGGCAAGGACGCGUUGGCGUUAUUUGUCGCACAAGAGUUCAUCCUUGGGACUAGUUUGUUCGGCAUAUCCGGUUCGCUUGGAUGGAGCAUCGAGGGCGUGAGCAUGGUGGCUAAAGGAACUCUGGAGGCACUGAUCUACCUACACAACAACGGCGUUUCUCAUGAUAACCUGUCCGAUUCAACUGUUUUCAUCGACAAUGCUGGGAUGGUGCGAGUGGCCGAUUAUCGUUUGAUACCUUGCAUCCAAGAACUACUGGAAGGUCACCAUCAGAUUCAUCCAUCGCUCCGCAGUCCAGAUUUGCCUGCAAUGGGUGGUUUGAUCGAGGCGCUUUUUGCGCCUCACUCGGAGAUGAGAGAUUUCGUCGAAAAAUGUAAAUCCGAGCGCACCAUUUCCGCCACCGAACUAGUUGAUCAUCCAUUUCUGCAUAACGAUCAUAAUGCCGUAGGCCAACAGCAGCCAACAGUGGCAUUUGCUCCAACACAGGCACCGUACUCGACUGUUCAAGUGGUGGCCCAUAGACCAGACCAUGGUCAACAACCGUACAUGCCUUUGGUCAUGAAUAGUUCGGUGGCAAGUCACGAAAAAUCGCGCAUUCAAAAAGAGUUUGAAAUGCUGUCGUACCUUGGGAAAGGUGCAUACGGCGAUGUACUUAAGGUACGGAAUAAGCUCGAUAAUCGUGAGUACGCAAUUAAGCGCAUACGCUUGCCGGCUCGAAGCAAGCAAUUUUACAAGAAAAUGACCCGUGAGGUGGAAUUAUUGUCACGCUUGAACCAUGAGAACGUUGUCCGUUACUACAACAGCUGGGUGGAAGCUAUCAGUCCUUCGGAGCUAACGAGUACGGACACUGAAGGAGAGAAUGCCGGCGUUAGCAGCUGUGAGUGGUCGGUGACAAGUGCGCCAAAGCGAAGGACUUCGCGUGCUCGUGGUGCAACGCCGGGCAUUAUGAAGAAUGGCGAUAAGAACACCGAUUGGUUGGUGGAUUUCAUGCCAAACGAUUCUAGUAGCGAUGAGGAGGAUGAUGAUGAUGAAGAUGAGGAUGAAACGCAUUGUCUCGAUGAAGAAAGCAGCACCAGCAGCAGUGGCUCGGUAGAAGAUCACAACAAGUGUCCUAACGACAGCAUCGAGGAUAGCUCCGGUGGCAUAGAGUUUGUUGGAUCGAAUGGCGAGGUAGCUUCGUACAAUAGUUACGGUGAUGGUGUGUCGGCUGUGGAAAAUGCUGCAGAUGGCGGGAAGAAAACACCAUCCCAUACAGCAAACAUUACCCCUGAGGUGCUGUACAUGUACAUCCAGAUGGAAUUCUGUGAGAAGAGUACGCUCCGGACUGCGAUCGAUGGUGGAUUGUUUCAGGAUGUGGACCGCGUGUGGCGAUUGUUUCGGGAAAUCGUGGAAGGCCUCAGCCACAUCCAUCAGCAGGGCAUGAUUCAUCGAGAUUUGAAACCGGUUAACAUUUUUCUUGACUCGCGGGAUCAGGUAAAGAUUGGUGAUUUUGGUCUCGCUACAACGAGUAUUCUGGCACUUCAAAAUCAAAGCCAUCAGAACGCUCCUCAGCUUGCCCACGCACAUCUUGUCCCGGCUAAUCCGACGCCAGGAAAAUCAUCCGACAUUGGAUAUUCGUUGACCGGUAAAGUUGGUACUGCUCUGUACGUGGCACCGGAGCUCACCGGAAAUGCGUCUCGCUCGACCUACAAUCAAAAGGUUGAUCUUUACUCGCUCGGUAUCAUUCUUUUCGAAAUGAGCUCACCGCCCCUGAAUACCGGCAUGGAGCGAGUCAAAACAUUGAUGGAUCUACGUUCGGACGCGAUUCGACUGCCAGAAUCUUUGCUCUCUGAUACACGAUAUGCACGACUGGUGCAAGUGAUCCGUUGGCUGCUGAAUCAUGAUCCGCCUAAACGUCCCACAGCGGAAGAGCUAUUGUCCUCGGAGCUAGUACCUCGGACGCGCCUGGAAGCCGAAGAAAUGCAAGACGUCAUACGACACAUACUUGCGAAUCCACAAUCGCGUCACUACAAGCAUUUGAUUGCACGAUGCUUCGCGCAGGAAAGUGAUGCUAUUUGCGAAUUGAGCUACCACUUUGACAUGGUGCCUAUGAUACCGAUUUUACCUCGGUUCGAUUACGUCAAGGCAAAGAUUAUUGCGCUUUUCCGUAAGCACGGUGCAAUUGAGGUCGUGACGCCUCUACUCACGCCAUAUACGAAGCAUCACGUGGCUCGAUUGAACACGGUCAAACUGAUGACACAUUCGGGUAGCGUGGUGACCCUACCAGACGAUUUAAGGCUACCCUUCUUGCGCCACGUCUCCCUGAAUGGCAUCAGAAACAUUCGCCGAUAUUCGAUUGGUCGCGUUUACCGGGAAAAGAAAGUAUUCAACUUCCACCCAAAACAGGUAUAUGAAUGUGCCUUCGAUAUAGUGACUCCCAGCAGAGGACAUCUCAUCACUGAUGCGGAAUUACUUGCGAUUGCAACGGACGUGAUGCGUGAGCUGGAUCUGCUCCAGGGCCGAAACGUGUUCUUUCGUCUCAAUCAUAUCGGCUUGUUGCGUGCGUUACUCAUUCACUGCAGCGUACCAGCCGACAAAUACAGGGAGCUGUUCGAGAUUGUGGCUGAGUUUUUGGAUGAAAAGAUCUCAAGAUUUCAGUUGUCGACGUUAAUUACGGCUCAAAUCGGUGGCGGAUCGUCUAAGGUGAAUGUUGGCUAUUUGUGCGAUGCACUACAGCUAGAGCUGUCCUCAGUGGAUCAACUUGGAGGCAGCAUCCUUCGGACCAUUAUUCGUGGGAAAGGCGAAGCGGCCAGCUUUGCAAAGGUUGCAGUUCGAGAGUUGGAAGCAGUAGUUACUUUAGCACAAAAUAUGGGCGUCCAGUGUCCUCUCAACAUAUGCCCCGGAUUGCCGGUAAAUUACGAGAAGGCAAAGAGUGGUGGAAUCGUAUGGCAACUGCUUGGAGAGUUGAAACAAAAGCGCAAAAAUCCUCUUACUACGAUCGCUGUGGGUGGCCGUUACGAUGGCAAGCUAGCUGAAUAUCAAAAAUCUGGUAUCAACAAUGGACUUCAAGUGCCAAAGGUGGAAUUGAGUGGGGCUGGUUUUUCGUUUCUGCUUGAUAAACUCGUAAACGCAAUUUCUCCAACGUCCGGUUACGAGCCACUCGAGGUGUUGAUCUGUGUUACCGGUUCUCGACCGCAGCUCAAAGAGGUGGCGCAAAUUCUUCGUCCGCUUUGGUCUAACGGAAUCAAGACAGGCGUGGUAGAAACUGUUGCCGGUGCAGUAGAUGAUCUCGGGAAGGAAGCAGGUGCCAACGUGGUCGUGCUGCUAGGAGAUGGUGGAGAACUCCGUGUGCGGUUUUGGAACAACGAUAGAUUUCAAGAACGUCAUGUUACCCGUCCCGAUUUGAUAGCGUACAUUAUGCGCACCUUCCGCAGAACGGACGUGACUAUGAGUGAAAUAUCUCAGGGUUUACAAAGUGCCACUCUCUGUGGUCCGUCAACAUCUGCUUCGUUUUUGUAUUCCACAACUUUUCUUACGGCCUCUUCCUCGGCGUCAACGAAACAAGGUUCGGUUGCCGCCUCGGCUGUAGCCAACCAGCAACAAACGAUCAACAGCUCGCCACCGCUAGAUCUUGUGUUUCUCACUAGUGAAAAAAUCAACACCAGUAAAAAGCGCCGCUACGAGCACCUGGUAGAACACAAGCUGUCGCCCGUGUUGUCUAAGUUUCAUCGCAAGGAAAAGGUUACUCUCAUCAUGGUGGACGUUCCGAGUUCACCGCUUCGCGGACUAGUCGGUCUUAUAGAUCCUCUCGAGUGUGGAUCGUUCGAGGACGAUGAUGUGCAAGCUGGCUCUACUACAGAUCGUGCGGAACUACAUAGUUUGUGCGAGCGUCAUCCUAAGUACAAGCGUCAGCUAACGGAAAUUUACUGCGAAAUUGUUGAUCAUUUUUCGCAAAGCAAGGGAACGACGCCGAUCGUCGGUGUAUACAGUGUUAUCGAUACGUUCUGUCGGUUGAUCUUAUGAACAUAAUCGAGCACCGCGUCUACGCGGUUUUUAAGAUGUGCUGUUUCU